AUUUCUUGUCUUGCAUCUCCGUGUUAGCUAGCAGCAUGACCUGCGUGCGGCUCCCAAUGACAGACCUUUGGAUUGAAUUGUCACUAUGGUGAAAGUUAGUUUCGUAUUGCACUCUUUUAUUUAAAGGCAGUGAGAAAAAACAAGGUACGGUCCUACUAGCGUCAGUUUGUGUCUUUAAAUAUGUUCUCAUAUAUGGUGUUCUAACAUUACAUCACGGCUAACAAGGUUAGCCUCCACACUGGAUUUGCUGAUCAGGUAGAGGAGGUCUGUGAAGAUGCCAGCAGGUGUGUCUUGGCCCCGUUACCUGAGGAUGUUAGGGGCCAGUAUGCUGGCCAUGUUUGCAGGGGCUCAGGCCGUGCACCAGUACUACCUACCUGAUCUGAGUAUCCCAGAACUCCCCCCGAAGCCCGGGGAGCUUAAGACGGAACUGCUCGGCUACAAAGUCAGAGAGGAAGCUACUGCUGCGUUACAGCAGUUUAAAGCAGAACAAGAAAAGGUGGACUGAUGUGGAAUUUCAAUGUCCUCAGUCUGAUGGACACACGCUUUAUUGGGCCAGCAGCGACGGGACAUCUACAAAUGUGUUGUCUAUCAAUGGAGCAUCAAACAGGAUCAGGAUCAGAUACAGUGUGACCAGACAUAUUUUGACCUGAAAACCCCCAUGCCCCCACAGGUUUUUAGUUUAGUGAAUGUAAAGUUGUAUGUAACCACUCCCACAUUUGGUCAGUUUUCAAACGACUUCAUUGCAGUGUGCAGCGUCGUGAGUCUUGCCGUGUUCAUCCUGUGAUGGUUUUGUUGUUGAAUGUAUCGUCACUUUGUUAAUUCUCUUAUUAAUACAUUUGCUACCAACACAAA